GUCUGUGCUCCCGCACCCUGCCUGCCUGCACAGCUCUCUGCCUCUGCAAGAAUGGCGACAGCGUUCUCCCUGCGCAAUGUCUCCCUGCACCCCCUCCGCACUGGGGGCUCUGCCUUCGGGGUGCGCCCGGCUCCCAGCGUGCACGGGGGCGCCGGCGGCUUCGGCACCCGGGUCUCCAGCAUCAGCGCCGGCGGGGGGUACAGCUCGGCGGCGGGGGGCUUCUCCGCGGGGGGCGGCUUCUUCGGCGGCGCCGGGGGGGCCGGAGAGGCCGACCUCGGCACGUCCGGCAACGAGAAGGCCACCAUGCAGAACCUGAACGACCGCCUGGCCAGCUACCUGGAGAAGGUGCGCACGCUGGAGGCCGCCAACGGCGAGCUGGAGCUGAAGAUCCGCCAGUUCCUGGAGAAGAGGGUCAAGGCAGGAGACCGGGACUACAGCCCCUACUACAAGACCAUCCAGGAGCUGCAGCUCCAGAUCANCGCUGCCCGCGUGGACAACACCAAGAUCCUCCUGCAGAUCGACAACGCCAAGCUGGCCGCUGACGACUUCAAAAUGAAGUACGAGAACGAGCUGUCCAUGCGCCAGUCCGUGGAGGCCGACAUCGCCAGGCUGAGGAGAAUGCUGGACGAGCUGACGCUGGCCAGAGCCGACCUGGAGAUGCAGAUCGAGGGCCUGAAGGAGGAGCUGGUGUUCCUCAAGAAGAACCACGAGGAGGUGGGUUACAUGGUGAGGUCUAUGGGUGGUGGCUCUGUGAACGUGGAGGUGGACGCACCGCCCCAGCAGGACCUGAUGGAGGUGCUGGACGGGAUCCGGGCGCAGUACGAGGGCAUCGCCGAGAAGAGUCGCCGGGAAAUGGAGGGCUGGUACAAGGGCAAGUUUGACGCGCUGAACCAGCAGGUGGAGUCUAGCUCCAGUGAGAUCCAGACCAGCCGGAGCGAGAUCAAUGAGCUGAAGAGGACCCUGCAGGGGUUGGAGAUCGAGCUGCAGACCCAGCUCAGCAUGAAAAGCGCCCUGGAGGACAAUCUGGCCGAGACGGAAUCCAGCUACAGCGCGCAGCUGACGAAGCUGCAGAGCCAGGUGACCCAGCUGGAGACGGAGCUGGGCCGGGUGCGCGUGGACACCGAGCGGCAGUCCAGCGAGUACCAGAUGCUGCUGGACAUCAAGACCCGGCUGGAGAUGGAGAUCGCAGAGUACCGCCGCCUGCUGGACGGGGAGGACGUGGGCUUGAAAUCCAAGGACCUCAUCAUGAUAUGUAUUCCCCCACCAGAGCCGCAGCCGGAGGCACCCCCGAGCCCCAACCCCGAGCGCUCGCGGAAGGUCAAGACGAUCGUGGAGGAGCUGGUGGACGGGAAGGUGGUCUCCUCGGAGGUGAAGGAAGUAGAGGAGAAGCUGUAGGGCUGCCCCGGCCCGCCCUGCAGGAGGCGCUGUGGGCCUGCAGCCCCUCAGAGCCCCUCUUGCUGCGUCUGCACUUUGCCAUCUGUGCCUGGACGCGGUUUUUCUGCCUGCGUAGCGGAAAUUGCAAGGCCCUGAGAUUUGCCGUUUUCUGCCUGUUUCUUCCCUUCGCUUGACUCCAGCCAGCCGGCCGCGAUCUGUCCCGCAGGGUGUGGGUAACGUGAGCUUCCUUGCACUGUCUCCAAACGCUUCCCUGGCCAUGCCAGAACACCUCCUAACGAUAUCAUGUAAUGAGUAAAUAAACCCGAUGCACGCCCAUUGACAUGAAUGCUUAUUGCUGUUUGCCUCUAUGCCAGAUGCCUGUAUGCUUUGGAACUGGGCAUUAGUGAUUUGCUGUGUGUGAAAACCAACCCUCAGUGCCUGCUGAGUGGAGAUCUGUGAAAACUGCUUCUCUGAAACAAUAAACAAGAGCUCAGAGCUUGCGUUGUGAACA